AUGUGACGGACACUCGGCACACUCCGUCAUUGCGAUGUGACGGGCACUCGGCACACUGAGGUGGUCUGGGUGCCAGGUCCCUCUAGUGUUAACGCUGCCUGCUAUGUUUACAUUGAGGGUUAAUCCAGCCUCUCGUGGCUGUCUCAUUGGGGGGGGGCAUGGGAUUAUAUGGAGCCAGGGAAAUGAGUUUGUUCGCACUAUGGCGCUCCUUUAAUAAUGGCUGCACACCUUACAGACCGCUCUCCAUCUUACUCCCACACUGCGCGGUGGGUGGGCGUGUCUGGCCGCGCGGUGGGUGGGCGUGUCUGGCCGCGCGGUGGGUGGGCGUGUCUGGCCGCGCGGUGGGUGGGCGUGUCUGGCCGCAGUACUCACAGCAGGUCUCGCUGCGCGGUGGGCGUGUCUGGCCGCGCGGUGGGUGGGCGUGUCUGGCCGCGCGGUGGGUGGGCGUGUCUGGCCGCAGUACUCACAGCAGGUCUCGCUGCGAGGUGGGCGUGUCUGGCCGCGCGGUGGGUGGGCGUGUCUGGCCGCGCGGUGGGUGGGCGUGUCUGGCCGCAGUACUCACAGCAGGUCUCGCUGCGAGGUGGGCGUGUCUGGCCGCGCGGUGGGUGGGCGUGUCUGGCCGCGCGGUGGGUGGGCGUGUCUGGCCGCAGUACUCACAGCAGGUCUCGCUGCGCGGUGGGCGUGUCUGGCCGCGCGGUGGGUGGGCGUGUCUGGCCGCAGUACUCACAGCAGGUCUCGCUGCGAGGUGGGCGUGUCUGGCCGCGCGGUGGGUGGGCGUGUCUGGCCGCAGUACUCACAGCAGGUCUCGCUGCAGGGUGUCUGACACGAAGCCCUCAUACCGCAGGACCUUCUCCUCCAUCCGAGCGGCUCCGGCUGGCUCCACCCACUUCCGGGAUCACGUGGGACUGACUUGACCCGGCUGGGUGGCGGAAGUCGUCGUGUGACCCGGAAGUCCUCCCGGGUGAAGUCACGGCAGGCAAGAUGGCGAGUCCCGAGCUGCUGCUGGACUCCAGUAUCCGGGUGUGGGUCGUACUGCCCAUCGUCUUCAUCACCUUCCUGAGCGGCCUCCUCCGGCACCACGUCAGCCGGCUCCUCCAGGGGGACAAGGGCACCGAGCUGGAGGCCCUGAGCGACAGGUACUGCCCGGCAUGCACCGCGCUACCACAAUACCCGGCACGCACCGCGCCAGCCAAUAACAAUACCCGGCACGCACCGCGCCAGCCAAUAACAAUACCCGGCACGCACCGCGCCAGCCAAUAACAAUACCCGGCACGCACCGCGCCAGCCAAUAACAAUACCCGGCACGCACCGCGCCAGCCAAUAACAAUACCCGGCACGCACCGCGCGAGAGGCACUACCUAAUACCGAUUACACUGCUUUCUCCAACCCUGAGCUGGAGCAUCCCCAUAUGGCUGGAGUUCUCACAUAUCCAGAUAUCCCUGCACCCAGUCACUGGCCCCCCACAAUUACUGCUACUCACCUUACUUGAGACUUGACAUGUCGCUUAUACCAAAGUAAUUACUAUACUUAAUAAACAUGAUUUUCCUCCAUCUCUCAGCCAGGUACUACUUCGCAGCCGGAUCCUCAGGGAGAAUUGCAAGUAUAUCCCCCGUCAGGUAUAUAUGAGCACGGGAGACUGCAUUGUCUAUCUGAUGUUGAACAGCAGCCUACUCUUGUGUACCACAGGGCAUGUAACAGGCAAGCCGUGGCACAUGUAACAGCUGACUAUGGCUGUGUGCCACUGCGCAUGUAACAGCUUGCCAUCACUGUGUGCCACUGCGCAUGUAACAGCUUGCCAUCACUGUGUGCCACUGCGCAUGUAACAGCUGGCUAUGACUGUGCCAUGGCGCAUGUAACAGCUGACUAUGGCUGUGUGCCAUGGCACAUGUAACAGCUGACUAUGGCUGUGUGCCAUGGCACAUGUAACAGCUGACUAUGGCUGUGUGCAAUAGCGCAUGUAACAGCUUACUAUGACUGUGUGCCACGGCGCAUGUAACAGCUUACUAUGACUGUGUGCCACGGCACAUGUAACAAGCCAGUUACCACCAAAGCCACCGCGCAUGCAACAGCUGACCAGGGACAAAGCUACCUACAUGUAGCCAUUAUGACUGUGCCACGCACAUGCAGCCAGCUGACUAGGACUGUGUGCCACGCCAGCGUAAUGUUUUCACGGCACUGUGCCACGCACAUGUAACAGCUUGCCUAUGACUGUGUGCCACGGCGCAUGUAACAGCUGACUAUGACUGUGUGCCACGGCGCAUGUAACAGCUGACUAGGACUGUGUGCCACUGCGCAUGUAACAGCUGACUAGGACUGUGUGCCACUGCGCAUGUAACAGCUGACUAGGACUGUGUGCCACUGCGCAUGUAACAGCUGACUAGGACUGUGUGCCACUGCGCAUGUAACAGCUUGCCAUCACUGUGUGCCACUGCGCAUGUAACAGCUGACUAGGACUGUGUGCCACUGCGCAUGUAACAGCUGACUAGGACUGUGUGCCACUGCGCAUGUAACAGCUUGCCAUCACUGUGUGCCACUGCGCAUGUAACAGCUGACUAGGACUGUGUGCCACUGCGCAUCUAACAGCUGACUAGGACUGUGUGCCACAGCGCAUGUAACAGCUGGUUGUGCCUGUGUGCCACGGCGCAUGUAAUUGCUGGCUGUGACUGUGUGCCACGGAGUAUUUAACAUCUGGCUGUGUGCCAUGGGACAAUGACUAUGACUGUGCCAUGGCGCAUGUAACAGCUGGCUGUGUGCCACGGGACAAUAUAACAGCAGGCUGUGUGCCACAGGACAAUGUAAUAGCUGGCUAUGACUGUGCCAUGGCGCAUGUAACAGCUGACUAUGGCUGUGUGCCAUGGCACAUGUAACAGCUGACUAUGGCUGUGUGCAAUAGCGCAUGUAACAGCUUACUAUGACUGUGUGCCACGGCGCAUGUAACAGCUUACUAUGACUGUGUGCCACGGCACAUGUAACAGCUUGCCAUCACUGUGUGCCACUGCGCAUGUAACAGCUGACUAGGACUGUGUGCCACUGCGCAUGUAACAGCUGACUAGGACUGUGUGCCACUGCGCAUGUAACAGCUUGCCAUCACUGUGUGCCACUGCGCAUGUAACAGCUGACUAGGACUGUGUGCCACUGCGCAUCUAACAGCUGACUAGGACUGUGUGCCACAGCGCAUGUAACAGCUGGUUGUGCCUGUGUGCCACGGCGCAUGUAAUUGCUGGCUGUGACUGUGUGCCACGGAGUAUUUAACAUCUGGCUGUGUGCCAUGGGACAAUGACUAUGACUGUGCCAUGGCGCAUGUAACAGCUGGCUGUGUGCCACGGGACAAUAUAACAGCAGGCUGUGUGCCACAGGACAAUGUAAUAGCUGGCUAUGACUGUGCCAUGGCGCAUGUAACAGCUGACUAUGGCUGUGUGCCAUGGCGCAUGUAACAGCUGACUAUGACUGUGUGCCACAGGGCAUCUAACAGCUGACUGUUUGCUAAGGGACAAUGUAACAGUUAGCUAUGACUGUGUGCCACGGGACAAGUGAUCUAUAAAGUGACAAUUUUGUAAAUCUUGCCAAUUUCAGAAUAUAAAUUUUAGAAGACCAUCAGGUUUAAAGGUCUCACAUUUAACAAAUUCUGCCAACAAAAUCUAUGAAAAGGACACGUAAAUGUGUCAGCGACAAGUACGAUUAAUCUCCCCCAAUGUGUCAGUGUUUGUUGUGACCUCAGAAUGUGCCCUGUAAACAUACCCUUUGUGAUGACGUGUGCAUAUAACCUCCUUGACUACUAUAUGGCAAGUUACACAAACAUAACCUUCAUUUUCUGACUUGUCCUUAGUCUUUCUUGAUGAGGAAGAUUUAUUUCAAUGACUCAGAGAAUGGAUUCUUCAAGAAGACCAAGAGAAAAGUAACCCAGAAAAAUCCAAUGACAGGUAAGAAUGCGAAGCCUCCUCCCAGACCCAUUCCAACUCUAUAAGAAUUGCAACUGUUAUAAUUUCACUCUUUGGCCUAUAGACCCCACCAUGGUCACUGAGAUGAUGAAGGGGAAUCUCACUAAUGUUCUCCCUAUGAUUCUCAUCGGAGGUUGGAUCAACUGGGCCUUCUCUGGCUUUCUGACAAGUAGGUAGAAAUACUGUAAUGUGUUGGGCUAAUGCCAGGUGAUGGAUAUUGAGUACUUGGAGACAUUAGAAGACCAUGCUUUCAUCUUUUCUAGCUAAAGUGCCAUUUCCCUUAACACUGAGAUUUAAACCCAUGUUGCAGCGUGGGAUUGACCUGGUGUCUCUAGACGCCUCCUGGUAAGACAUCUGACACACUGUUUGAUGCUUGGCCAGCCACCAUUCCUCUUCCUUAAUGUCUGUAUUUGUUUGCAGGGUGAGUUCAGCCUCCUGGUAUUUCCUUAAUGUGUUUGGCCUUCGCAGUAUGUAUGCGCUUCUCUUAGGACAGGACAAUGGUGAGUGACUCGUGGAGUUAUGUAAUGUAUACUAUGAGCCAGUCCUGUCUCUCUCUGUGGAGUGAUGUUAUGUAUACCAUGAGCCAGUCCUGUUUCUCUGUGGAGUGAUGUAAUGUAUACCAUGAGCCAGUCCUGUUACUGAGUACAAACGAUUUAGUGUGGUGAAUCUGUGCAGAUUUAAUGACCGUCCUCACUAUUACAGCUGCUGACCAGAGUCGUAUAAUGCAGGAUCAAAUGACAGGAGCUGCGUUAGCUGUACCUCCUGACCCCAACAAAGCUUUUAAAGUGAGUUUACCAAGCAGCUUAUUUUGUGUUAAUAUUAUGCUAAACCCUGCUUUUUCAACAGUUUAGCUGUGUUUGUUGAACAGUAUUUAUUUUUUACACAAGCAAAGUGUGUAUUUUGCAAAGACCCCUGAAACUGACAGAUCUAGUGUGGGUCCCGUGACAGUGGAAUAAUGAGGUGGUGAGUUUUACUUACCUUCUGCAGUCCCUCACGGCCGCUGCCAUCUUCAUGCCGCAGGUCUUUUUCGGCUCCUGGUGCUUCAGUUGUCUGUAGCCACGUUAGUGCCGUACUCUUGCAUAUGCACGAGAUCCCGCAAGAUCCUCAUAGACAAAGCCUGAAUCCCACAACUGUCAUUUGUAAUGGCUAUUGGGAUUGGACAAUAGUUGACAGCGAAGCUCCACUUUUAAUCGACCUCAGGCUGUUUUCCUGGCACUAUGGGAUCCCUUUAAUUUGAUUAAACAACGGACAGCUGACAUUUAGUUCACUACUGGAAUGUACUAUUAUGGAGGUAGAGACAAAUCCUAUUUACUUUAUCUCCUAUACUCAGGCCGAGUGGGAAGCCAUGGAAAUCACAGAGCAUCACUGGGCCUUGGAAAACGUAGAAGAGGAUCUGACAUCGCAUGACCUAAACCUUGACAGUUCUCACUGAAAGCAUCAUUUUCUUAGCUGGACGUCUGCAUUAUGCUUUUCCUGCGGAGCGACACAAUAAAGUGGAUUUUUUUUUUGGAGAUGAUUGCAUUCUUUAAAGUGGUGUUUGCGUACCUUUUAUACAUUUACACACGUUAUAUUU